CUAUCAUCACAAAUAAAAGCCACUCAAAAUCCAUAUACAACAACUAGAAAAGUUGUUCAUUACUCAAGGGAAGCUCACAACUUCAGAAAUUCUCCCCAAAAAAAAAGCAAAAUCAUCUCUUUCAGAAAAUCAUUUUUCAAAAACAAUUGUUAAAUUCAAGCUGAGUAAUUGUGGUGUCAGAAAAUUACCCCUCUUUCUCUUUUUCUCUCUCUUCCGGCAAGAGGGGUAAGCAAUGGCGUGUGUUUCGCGGUCAGUAAUAUCAGUUGCAACAAAUUCAAGUUCAUUCUCAUUCAAGAACAAUCAAUUGAGCAAGAAAAUUGGGCGAAUUGAUGUUUCCAAAUUCAAAAUUCGAGCUUCUUCUAAUGAGUCUGAUGAUUGCAAUGCCGAAGAAUGCGCCCCUGAAAAAGAGGUAGGAAAGGUUAGCAUGGAAUGGUUGGCUGAAGAGAAGACCCAGGUGGUGGGAACAUUUCCACCUCGGAAAAAGGGUUGGACAGGGUAUAUAGAGAAAGAUACAGCGGGCCAAACAAAUAUAUAUUCAGUUGAGCCCGUGGUAUAUGUGGCAGAAAGCGCUAUAAGCUCAGGAACUGCAGGUUCUUCUUCUGACGGUGCAGAGAACACAUCAGCUAUUGCAGCUUUUCUUGGCCUAUUCAUUGUUGCAGGUGCGUCAUCAAUCCUGCUUCAGGUUGGUAAAAAUGCGCCCCAGAUACAAACAACUGUCUAUUCUGGACCAUCACUAAGCUACUAUGUAAACAAGUUUAAGCCCACGGAAACCAUUGAAGUUUCUGCACCUAGCCCAAGCGAAAGUUCCUCAACCACUGAGUCUAGCCAAAGUGAUACCUCCUCAGCAACCGAGUCUCAAACCUCCGCCACCGAAGUUCCAUCAGUGCCCGUUGAAUUUAAAGUUGAGCUAGAGCCUUCUGUUUCAAAUGCAGAGAAUGUCUCUUAGAUAAUUUAUCUUGCUACUCGAUACUGUAUAAUUCUGCAAUUUUUUUUAGUCCUGUAAAGCAACCUCUACUACAGAUGAUACUCGUAUAAUUCAUAAUAUAGAGAUCUUCACUUAACAAACACUAAUGAAAUGUAGAUGACUAUUGGCAUUCUUGAAGUACAAUUUGGAGGCAUUUUUGUGCUUGGCAUAA